AUGGCAACAUCGCGCGCUGCAAAUGUUUUGGAAACAGGGAGAAAAGAAGACGCUAGCAUUGCACAGGGUGUAAGCAAUCCGGCGAGAGAUAAGCAGAAAUCUGCAGAUCCGAGUGGUGAGACGAUGAAGGCUUUAGUAUGGCUGGGGAAAAACGAUGUGGCCGUUGUGGACGUUUCUAAACCCAAGAUUAUCGAGGAUACAGAUGCAAUUUUGAAAGUUACCGGAACGACAAUUUGCGAGAGCGAUUUGCAUCUCUAUCACGGUUCCGUUGUUCAAAUGCAAAAGGGAGAUAUCAUGGGCCAUGAAUUCUGCGGAGAAGUAGAAUCCGUAGGUGUGAGCGUCAAAAAUCUGAAAAAGGGCGAUCGUGUCGUCGCACCCUUCCAAAUCGCCUGCGGUGAUUGUAAAUAUUGCAAGCAGAAGCUCUCCUCGCAAUGCGAGCGCACAAAUGCUAGUCAGUUGGAAAAUGAGAUGUAUGGGUCACGCACAGUAGGAAUGUUUGGCUACUCCCACCUCACUGGAGGUUUUGCCGGUGGUCAAGCUGAAUAUGUCCGUGUGCCCUACGCGGAGACCAACCUCCUUCCACUCCCCGCCAACGUCCCUGAUGAGAAGGGCCUCUACCUCUCGGACGUGCUCGGUACAGCUUGGCACUGUGUGGUUGACACGGGCGUGCAGGAGGGAGACGUCGUGGCGAUAUGGGGUGCGGGACCCAUCGGGCAGAUGUGUGCAGAGUUCAGCUUCAUGCACGGCGCGGACAGGGUGAUUAUUAUUGACGGCGGAGCGGGUGCUUGGCGUUUAGGCUUUGUCAAGGAGAAGCUGCCGCGUGUUGAGACGGUGGAUUUUUCGACCUUACGGAGUGGAGAGUCGGUGACGUCUGUGUUGAAGGAAAUGGUGCGUGGUGGGCAGGGCCCGGAUGUGGCGUUAGAGUGUGCAGCCGGGGAGUAUGCGAAGGGCUGGGCGCAUUAUAUAGAGAUUAUUCUUGGGGCGGAGACCGAUACGUCGGAGAUCUUGAAUGAGAUGGUUACGUCCGUGAGGAAUUUUGGGAGGUGUGGGAUUACAGGAAUUUACGUGGGCUAUCGCGGUGUUAGACUGAUUGGUAAUGGCCAGGCGCCUAUACAAAAAUACUGGGAACACCUACUCUCGCUCGUAAAAAGUGGCGAACUUGAUCCAUUGCAAAUGGUUUCAACCCGUGUUAAGCUGGAAGACCUAGAUCUUCUCUAUCGAAUGUGCGACGAAAGAAAGAAAGGUAUCCAAAAGGUGUUUGUGCAAACCAAGUUUUCAAAGGAACCAUGUCCAGGGUCACCAGCGUUGGCUGAAUAUGAGUAA